AUACCAAGAUCAUUAAAUGGUAAACUACCAAGAUCAUUAAAUGGUAAACUAUCAAGAUCAUUAAAUAGUAAACUACCAAGGUCAUUAAAUGGCAAAUUGCCAAGAUCAUUAAAUGGUAAACUACCAAGAUCAUUAAAUGUUAAACCACCAAGAUCAUUAAAUGUUCAACUACCAAGAUCAAUUAAUGGUAAACUACCAAGACCAUUUAAUGCUAAACUAACCAGAUCAUUAAAUGGCAAACAUCCUAGAUCAUUAAAUGGUAAACUACCAAGAUCAUUAAAUGGUAAACUA